AUGAUGCUGAACUCUUCCUGAAGGUCCUGAUCCCCAGCUAUGCCGCCGGCUCCAUUAUCGGUAAAGGAGGGCAGACGAUCGUCCAGCUGCAGCGUGAGACGGGCGCCACGGUCAAACUCUCCAAAUCCAAGGACUUCUAUCCAGGAACCACGGAGCGGGUGUGUCUGGUACAAGGGACGAUGGAAGCUUUGCUGGCCGCACACAACUUCAUCGCUGAAAAAGUCCGAGAACUUCCACAAGGAGCAAUGAAGAGCGACCUGGGGCUCCUCCCCUCCCAGAGCAGCGUCACUUCCGAGCGAGCCAAGCAGGCUAAACUUAUUGUUCCCAACACAACAGCCGGCCUCAUCAUUGGGAAAGGUGGAGCAACGGUCCGUAGUAUCAUGGAGGAAUCUGGAGCGUGGGUCCAGCUCUCUCAGAAGCCAGCAGGUCCAAAUCUCCAGGAACGGGUGGUGACAGUGAGUGGGGAAGCUUCCCAGGUUCAGCAUGCUGUAAGAAGCAUCAUACACAAAGCAAAAGAGGACCCGCCACAGGGCACCUCCUAUCUCAACAUCAGCUACACCAACACCCAAGGUCCUGUGGCCAACUCCAACCCUACAGGAUCCCCAUAUGCUGGAGGGAUGGCGGAGGCAACCAUUGCCCCAUACCCAGCUGCACCAGCUGCUUCAGCUGCAAUAUCUGGUGGAGAUCUUCUGGCCAUCUCUACGGCUCUGAAUACUUUAGCCAGCUAUGGUUACAGCACAGGUUUAGGAUUUAAUCCAUUAGUUGGCGGUGUCCAUCCAGCAGCUGUCAAUCUUUUAGCAUCUUACACAGGUGAAGCUGGUCCUGCAUUGGGCUUGGGGGGUGGAGGAAUCCUAAUGGAGAAGCUAGCUGCGGAAAGCGUUGCCGGUAAGGAGACUCUGGAGAUGGCUGUACCAGAAACCCUGGUAGGUGCAAUACUGGGGAAAGGUGGAAAGACAUUGAUUGAAUACCAAGAGCUGACAGGAGCUCGCAUACAGAUUUCCAAGAAGGGGGAAUUUGUCCCUGGAACAAGAAGCAGGAAAGUGAUCAUCACAGGACCACCGGGGGCCACACAAGCAGCACAAUACUUGAUUGGGCAGAGGGUGGCUUACGAGCAAAGUGUGCGGUCAACUAACCCACAAAAGGUUGGCUAACUGAAGACGUUUGGUGGGAGAGGUUGGUGCGUGUGGGGGGGAUGGAUGGUAGAACUGGGAAACGCAAAGGGUCGUGGACAUGACAUGUCUGUUGGAACACAGCUGAAACCUUCAAGGGUCAGCCUGGCUUUGGCUGUUUGAAGGCUACCUAGUCCCAAUCACAAGGAAAUGUGUUAACCCUACAAAUGUGAAAUGUUAAUUAUUAAUAAAAUAGCAAUAAAGGCAAAUUUUGCACUGUAAA